UCAGCUUGUUCACAGCCAAGCCACUUCUUUCAGUCCCACUCUCAACCUCAACCAUGCAACUCAAUCCACCACCACUCUACCACCACCACCACCAUCCUACUACCACCACCACCACCACCACAACAACAACAACGACCGAACACUCAAACAGCCAGGAACAGCGAGAACCACAGGAAGGAUUCCUACUCAACCUCACCCCACUACCAACCAAGGUCUCAUUCCUAACCAGACAAGCAGAUCAACAGAGCACCAGAUUAGAGGGAGAACUACAGUUCAAACUACUGCUUGCAAACCGAUACGCAUUCCAGGAACUCAGGCUGAACCUCAACGGAACCGAAAACAACUCAGAGAGACAACAAGAACUAGAACUCAUCAACCAAACCAUCACACUCUGGAAGAGAAACAACAGCUCGACCGAGAACCCACCCAGUCUAUCCCCAUUCCGAUUCAACCUACCACAGCAUCUCCCACAGUGCAUCCACCUCCAAAACAAGGACGGCAUUAACUAUCGACUGACUGCCAGUCUAAGCUACCACCAGGACCAACCAUCGCUCUGCAAGCAAGCCGUCCUAUCCAUCCCGAUCCACAUCACCACUCACUCCAAACCUGAACCUAUUCUUCCAACUCCUCCUACUGACCAUGAAGAACAGCAGCACUUCUCGCUCUCGCCAGUCGAAAUCAAGACACUCUCUCCCACUCCCAUCUUCGUCACUCUCUCGCAGACCCUGCUAAGACACUCCGAACCUCUCGCGAUCCAGGUCAGGAUCCCCCCGCCCACCGAAGAACUCAUCAACGAUAAGGGACUCCAACUACGCAGCGUUAGGGCCGAGCUGAGAAGACACAUCCGACAACGAUCGACGCCUGAAAAUCAAGUGACAACCGUCCUAGCGAUUUCGGGAAAGUCGUGUCGAUUCUCAUCCUCACGGGCGGUUUUUCUAAGAUUGAGGCUACACUCAUGUCUGGCCAGGACGAGCGGGACUUCCGGGGAGGGAGGAGAGAGCAGUGGCGAGGGAGGGAUGGGGGAGGAGCGAGUGGGGAUAUCGAGGUGCGAGACGGUGAGCCAGACGACUGGGCUCUUCGAAGUCUCAUUCAGCGUGGGGGUCCGGGUCCAGAUCUCAGCCGGCGACGGCGCCCGACAGGACCUCGAGCUCGUCCAGGAGGUCGGUCUGGAACCCGACUGGCCGGCCUCACCAGCGGCGACGGGGAAGGCGCGGGAGGCGCUGGCGGAGUCACCGGCGAGUGAGCCGGACGGGCCCGGGCCGGCGCCGACGUACUUUGAGACCGAGCUGCGGGACGCUCAGCCGUCUACCUCCCAGCUGAUCGACAUGGACCUUCACAGACUCGGCCCGCUUCUCGACUGGCAAGAAGAAGAAGAUGAGGAGGAGGAAGAGGAAGAGUAUGACGGGUACGAGUCUUUCUCGGCAAGGGUUGGUCAGGACGGCCCGGCGCCGCCGACGAUCGACGAGGACGAGUCCCCUCCGCCGGCGCCCGACACCCCGCCUGAAGGCCUCCAACUCCAAUCCCCAGUCCUCGUCCCUCCCGAGCCUGCCCAAUACCUCCCCGAGCUCGUCCAACAACCUGUCGGCUGCGACCUGGCCGACCACAUCCAUGCCUUCCCCAUCCCUCCGCCCGACGCUCAUCUCUCUUCCCGUCCAACCGAACUCGACUCCGGUAGACCUCCCGCUUACGCCCCCGGCUGGUCUGCCGCUGGCCUCCCUCAACACCCGCCUCCCGCUCUCAUCCUUCCUCCGGUCGCCGCAUCCUCAGAAACUUCGUCUUUAGAACCUCCCCCUUACGCCGCUAACUGCUCCUAAAAAAGUCUUCACCUCACUGCUUUACAAUAUAUAUAUACCUAUACACACUUAUAAACAUCUUCAUACAUUACACGUUUAUCUUUCUCUCUCUCUCUCUCUCUCUCUUUCGAUUCUAGACCCAAAUAAAAAUAGCACUUCAAAGCCAUAUAUAUAUAUAUAUACAUUUAUAUGUAUCAUGUAUCAAUACACGUAUGGUUGUGUGUAUGGCUGUGUAAAAACUUACCUUUUGUCCUCCUAUAUCCCCCGGCAAUUUAUUACCAACUUACAUAUCUCUGGUUGAAUUGGCAAUCUGUCCAGUGAGUCAAAACGGUCCAAGCAUGUACACCAAUCAAGAUACUCCCUACGUUUCUACAUGUCUUGUUGGGUUCCAAUAGAUACAUAAGGUUCUUGUUUGUAUUGAUAAAUUUGGUUUUGAUCAUGAAGUCUGAAUAUAACAAUAGUGGGCUGUUGAGCGGAAUGUUCAGUUGUGUAUGCGUAAACUGAUCCCACUCUGCCUGCAAAAUAUACCGUCAACCUGUCCCCCUGAGGGGCAAUAUACACCAAUAGUGAUAUUCAUAUUAGGCCCUGUUUGGCCGUCCAUAAUUUGUAAUUUUGAGGCAGGGUUUGGCAGGAGUUUGUGGAAAAAUUUUAUAUUGUUUUAUAUCCUGUGCUCCAAAUCUGUUUGAAACCUUAGCCAAA